CAAGAAGAUCUUUAAGAUUGUUAUUCUGCAGACGAAUUUUUUACUGUCACAGUUAGCUUAGAUACAAUUUUAUGAAAUUUUCAAAACUAUUUUAUUUCCAUGGCACCAUUCAGUACUUCGCAUACGAAAUUUAACGCUUGUACAGGAUGAGUAAUGAGCGUAAAGUCAAGUUCAAUUUUUCAGAUCAUUUGAAUUCCAAGUGGGUUUCUGAAAAUUGUGAAAGUAUUGCAAAUUCAAGUGAGCAGGAAUCUCUUUAUUCAAAACUUGUAACAACAAAAGAAAUAUGUGUUCAGAUCCCACAUACUAUACAUCUGAAAGGCCCAAACAUUCCUGACUUUGAGGCAGAUGCGCCAACUGCAGAGGAACAAGAGCAUCUUAUUGAUGCAUUGAUAGCAAGUCAGUCAGCUCUAGCAGAGAUUGUUGUGAAAAGUUCGCCAUUUGCUCAAAAUCUGCAAAAAAGAAUAGCGAUUUUGCAAAGGAUUUAUCAUGCAACAGUAAAAACUUGUCAUACACAGUCUAAUAUUACUGGAGAUUUGAAUUUAGUAGGUGAAUCUAAGCCACCAGGUUUAAAUCAGAGCGAUGAGAAAUCACAAAGUGGAAAUUCAGCUCUUGUUGAGAUUGGUGUUCAGACAGGUCUUGGACUGUUGUUUUCGUUGCUGCGGCAGAAUUGGCAGUUGUCAUCCAUGUAUGGUGCAUCCAGUCUUUGUAAUGAUGUCUUGACAACAGCAUUAGACAUAGUUGUUGCUCUUCCACCACUGUCACUUGCAAAUGAAUCCAAGUUAACAAGUCUUGGAGUAAAAUCUUUAAAUCAAACAGCAUGUUUCCUGAAAACUGUAUUCAAUUCGGCGUCUGGUGCAGACAAGCAGGGUCGCCAACUGUCCUCAGAACUUAUGUUAUCGCUAGCCAGUCAGAGAGGAUCUUUGAAAUGUCUUCUUGAGUGGGUUGAGCUUGCAAUGAUGACACUCCCCAGAAGCAUGACUCAGAAGGAAGAGGGUGGAGUUGCAGAGAAUACAAUAUCAUGGCAUUUAUUUAAAGAUGUUGUCAGUCAGAUGAUGAAAUCUGCUGGUUUUCCUGACUUGAAGCUGUCAAGUGAUCACUGCCCAAAAACAGAUGAAGAAGGGAAUGUCCCUUCAUAUCAUGCUGCUGUAUGUCUUUUGGAACAGCUAUACCAUUUAGCCGAAGAUUUUAGUCUUUCCAACCUACAUAUACCUUUGACAAAACCCAGUGAACAGAGUGUGCCAACAAGUGGGUCAAGCUACACUUCAUUGAUCUCAACUAGCUCUACCUCCACAUCUAGUUCAGUUCUUGAUACCUGUGAUGUGUAUAUCUGGGGAAGUAACAGCACUCAUCAGCUGGCUGAGGGUAGCCAAGAGAAAAUUCUGACCCCAAAACUCUCUGCAUCCUUCAGGGAUUGUCCCCAGGUUGAAGCCGGUCAGUUUUGCACUUUCUUAAUAACAAAAGAUGGUCAUGUAAAUGCAUGUGGAAAAGGCAGUUAUGGUAGACUUGGACUAGGAGAUUCAUCAAACCAAUCUGUUCCAAAGAAAUUAACAUUUCCUAAAGAUCGUGGCAUGAAGGCUGUGUCCUCCUCAAAAGGCUCUGAUGGUCAUACUCUAGCUUUAUCAAGAAAUGGAGAAGUUUUCAGUUGGGGUGAUGGGGACUAUGGCAAGCUUGGUCAUGGCAACAACUCUACUCAAAAAUUUCCAAAGCAGAUAACAGGUCUCUCUGGCAUUGUUGUAGUUCAAGUUUCGGCUGGAUUCCGGCACAGUGCUGCUGUAACACAAGAAGGAGAACUUUACACCUGGGGAGAAGGGGAUUAUGGUAGAUUAGGACAUGGUGACAGUAGCAGCAAGAAUCUACCAACUAGAGUGAAGGAUCUCCCUCUCAUAUCCCAGGUCUCUUGUGGAAGUUCACAUACCAUUGUUGUGGCCAGAGAUGGAAAAACUGUCUGGUCUUUUGGCAGUGGGGAUAGUGGGAAAUUGGGCCAUGGGGAUACAUGCAGACAAUAUAAACCAAAGAUCAUUGACAGUUUAGCAGGUGUUACUAUCAGAAAAAUUGUAUGUGGCUGUCAUUUUUCUCUGGCACUUACAACCACUGGUCAGCUGUAUGCAUGGGGAUGUGGUUCUGUGAUUGGGUGUGGCUCUCCUGAUGCCACAGCCCUCAAACCCCGCCUACUGGAAGACUUUAACUCAAUACGAUUGGUGGAUGUUGUGUGUGGAGACAAUCAUUGCCUUGCUCUCACUCAUGAUAAUGUAGUUUAUGCAUGGGGUAACAAUGCCAUGGGUCAGUGCGGUCAGGGUCACUCACAGAGUCCUAUAACACGGCCUAAGAAAGUGACUGGUAACAUCGGUAAAGCACCAAUACAUCAGAUCUCAGCUGGAACUUCACAUAGUAUAGCAUGGACAGCAAUACCAUCCGACAGACCUCUGAUGUCCUUACAUAGACCAUUCUGUGUGGACAUACAGGAGGAGACAUUCUACAUUCUACGUCAGUUUCUAGAGAGAUAUUGUCAUAGCUUUGAUAUUGAACUGGCCCCCAUGCCUUUCCAAACUCCAAGUGAACACCAGUAUUUUGUACUGCUUUGUCUGAAGGUGCUGUGUAUACAUUUGUCUCUGGCACAGAAUGCAGGCUGCUCUAGAAACUUGCUCGGUGACCAGGCCAAACCUCUGAGGAAUCUCUUAUUUAAACUGAUUGACAUGAAGGCACCAGAUUCAAUUCAGCAGCUGGUAUGUGAGUGUCUGUCAGUUGGAGCACAGAUGUUGUUACCAAGUCUUGGGGAUAGGAUGGAAUUAUUACAUUCCUUGUUACCGCAGUCCCCUCAGUGCUGGAAUGUAUUGUCCAGAGGACAGAGAAUGCAGUUAAACAUGAUUCUGUCUAGUCUACAGAAUAACAGCCAUAUAUCUGUGUUACUGGGCCUAAGUCAGUGUAAUUUACCCUCGGUCAAGUUUAUUCCAGAUCUACACACAGCGGAAAUACUUAUGAAAAAUAUUCUUAGAAAUCUAGCCUUUGAAACUGAAUCUGCUUUGAAUGAGCUUGAGAAGAACAAUGAUAAGGAGAUUGUAUGGGAAUCUAAGGAGACAUGUUGCCCCCAGCUACAUGAGUUACUCUCCUCUAUACACAAACAUCUGUUUGCUUUUUGUACGCAGUCUGACAAUGUUACUACAUCUUAUGUAGAUGUGAUGGAGUUGGUACAGAAUCACCUGAGUCUAAUGAUUCCGUUAUGUUCAGAGCUUAUUUCCCAGGCGGCCAAACUGCUGAGUGAGCAGAGGAAAGUUAAUUUACAGGAGCAUGUGAUAGGUGUUCUAUAUAUGUCACCAGCUGGUUCCAUGUUGUUUCACAUGUUGCAUUCUCUGAUGCUGGUUCCCCAAUGCAGAGUUGUCCCCCUUUUAAACUCUCUUCUAACACUACUCUCAAAUCUAGACCAAAUCUGCAAUCUACUAACAAACAUCGAGAGAUUUGAGAAAAGGGAACUGGAACAGUGUUUUAACUCAAGUGUUUCUGCAAUCUGGUUGGUUGAUCUGGAAAGAGUUUGCUCACUACUGAUUGGACAUUGCCUUGGUGACAUGCUUAUAGGUCCUCCAAUCACUGCAGAGGAAAAACAAAUACACUUCUGGAUGGAGAAUAAACUGUUCAGCAAUGGAUUACAAGAAAAUGAGAACAAAUUUGAGAUGGAGAUUGAGAAAAUAGUGGAGCAUAUUUUGGCAUGUCCUGCAGAAACUGGAUUGGUUUAUGAGAAUAUAUGUAAGGAGAAGUAUGAAGGGGAUAAAGCAGUUCUCUUACAGUUAUGUUGUGGUGUGCAGACUGCUACUGUGGUUCACACACUCAGAUUUAUGCAGGAAACAGCAGAGAGUCUUGAUCUGGACACAUUUGAUGUCAGUAAUGAGCCUCUACUAGACACAGUGUCAAGAUUUGCUCUAGCUGCCAUCAUUACACAUGCCAACAUGCUUGAUACUAUAGUGACAAAAAACAUUACACAUCAUGAUGACACAUUUAUGUCAGCUGUUAGGCAGGUCUAUCAGUUACGGUUGCAUCUGAUGAACAAGAAAGCAUUUCAACAACAGACUGUUAGCCAGAUGGAAAGUUUCCCCACACACACUGCAGACCGAGAUACUGGCGAGAAAUCACGCAGGGGAGACCCGGACACCGAUACUAAUCUAGACAGUGAUGAAGAAGGUGAGGACGGGGAAAUUCGUAAGACGUCACAGAACGGAUCGUAUGAAGAAGAAUGUGCAGAUUGCCUCAGGAGAAGUUUAUUUCUGAUUCUUGCAGUACAGCCGUAUUGGCAAGUGAAAUCACAUCCUUGUUCUGAUAAUGCAGAAUCAGGAAAAGAAAAAAAUACCAAAGGGAGCUUGUCUGAAACAAAGCAGUCAGUUGUACAGCAGAAUGUUCUAGGUUCACACAAAGGUAGCCAUCCUGACCUUCAGCUCUAUCUGGGGUCAACUGAUGUGACCUCAAACACCAAGAAUGGAGCAGCAACACCUGAUUUUUCUAACAAAGAAGGAACAGGUACAGGUGCUUCUCUCCAGAAAGUAAAACAAACUCUUAGAAGAUUGAGGUGGCAUCAUGAACACUCGGGGGAUGUAACUCUAGGAAGAAAACAAGGGAGACGUCUCCCACACAGCAUCAGUGGAGAUGUUUGCAGUUUCAUAAAGGGAGAUAAUCUGAAUCAUCAAAGGGGCAAGAAGAGGAAUGCAUCUUUAAAAAAUGUUUCGUAUUCUGUGAUAGAAGACAUAAUGAAAAUGCAGCAUGAUAGAGCAGAGUCACGAUUGUACGCCUUGAAUCAGAUCCGAGAGUUGUUGAUGGCUCAUAAAGAGAAGACUGAUGCCGACAGAAGCUCUCCUGUACCUAAGACAUUAUCUACGUUGCUAUGCUCCGCCCAUCUUUGUCUCUUGUCUGGCUGCUUUAAUCUAGGCCUGCUUGCUGGACCACAAGGGGAGAAAAUACCCAGAAUUGCUCAUUACAAGGAUGAUAUAAUGUCAGCUAAGGCAGAAACUCAGAGAGAGAUACAGUUAGCAGCACAUGAUAUUUAUGAAUCUCUUGUAGAAGGUCUUCUACUUACAUACAACAACAAACACAAUCAAGGUACUAGACAGAGGCUACUACUGUGUACUAUAUUUUCACUGAGUAUAAGUUACAAAGCAGUAGAUAUCUCCCUACUGGUGGCCUGCAGGCUCUUACCAACACUAUACGAGAUGGCAAGUCUGUCUGCACCCAUACAGGGUCUGGUUCAACCAAUCAGAGGACGUCUCGGUCAAGUACAGCUUAACACUGUGCUGAGAGUAGCCAGCUUCCGGUUGAUACAGAUUGUAUCUCUCACAACAAGUGUUCAUAGUGGACCAUUAAGUUCAGGUGUACUACAGUCUGUCCUAGAUAUGCUGUGGUUCCAGAUACAGAAACAUCUUGACAAUCCUGGUUACCAUAGUAAUGCUAUGGCAAUCUUCUUGGUGUUUACACGCAGAGUUCUCUCAGCAGGGAAGUUGAAAACUCUAGCAGCAACAAAAAAGUGGACUGAUAUGCUUAUAAGUAUAAUAAAAGAGUCAAAACAAGGUCAGAGCUUAAGAACAAAGCUGGCAGCCGUAUCUAUUUUAGAAAGUAUUCUUCUGGCAUGUAAAACUAGCAUUGAUGGGGAUUUCUUUAAACAGGUUAUAUCAGACUUAUUUAGCUGCCUUUCAGACAACAUGUGGGAACUGCCCAUGAACCAAGCUAUCACUGAUGCUAGACUGGAAGAGUUAUCUCUCUUGUCAAAGUUAGAGCAGCUGAAAAUAGAAGGCAAUGGAGAUUCAGAGAGCUGCCCACCUUUCAGCAAAUCAGCUGACCAGGUUGAUACCCGGCUUGAUCCAUCCGGUCAUGUGACUACAAGUUUGUCUGGUUCCCUUUCAAGUGUCGCCAGUGAGGAGCAAACAGUUGGGGACAGGGGAGGAAAUUGUAACACUACUGAGAAUGAUACUGUUGAUGGUGUGAAUAAACAGGAUGAUAGAAUAAUUAAUGAAGAUUGCAUGACUCAACUUGAAGUGACCUUUGACCCUGAAAAAUGUGUGUGUAGUAGUAUAGAGGGGGGACAAUCCCUGAUACACAGUACAUCAGGGAAAGGUUAUGGCAUAGCAUCUAUUCCAAUUACAUCGGGAUGUUACCAUUGGAAGUUUCAGAUAGUAAAAGAGAACAAGAGUAACGAGGGUACAUGUGUAGGUGUGUGUCGUCUUCCGGUUCGCGACUAUGGUCAUAGAUCUACGUCAGACAUGUGGUUAUAUAGGGCAUAUAGUGGUAACCUUUAUCAUAAUGGUGAACAACUUCGUACCUUGCAUGGCUUUACUCAAGGAGAUUAUAUAACCUGUGUUCUAGAUAUGGAUUCAAAAACUUUGGCCUUUGGAAAAAAUGGAGAGGAACCUAGAAUGGCAUUUGAAGAUAUUGAUGCUACAGAACUGUACCCCUGUGUGACUUUCUACAGCAGUAACCCUGGCGAAAAGGUAAAAAUAUCUGACAUGCAGAUCCAGGCAGUUCAUAAGGACCUGUUACCUGGAGAGCCACUCUGUGCUCCACCUAGUACAGUGGUGUGUGAGGCUCUAAUCCGGACCGUCCGUAGUUUACAUUCCAGUAAUGUAUGGACCGAUGUGAUUAACGAGAAAAUUAUUCAACAGUUAGACAAAGUCUCUGAUCUAGACGUGUUUGUCACACCAGAUGUUAGAGAUAGGUUAGAUACAUCGGUGAAAUACGAAGGAAAGAAACAGAAAAGUGAGGAGGAAAAUGGAGAUGACUCUGGUACAUGUACUAAGACAGAUCCUGAGAAUCAAACAGUGGAACAUUGCUCAGAUGAUAAAGUUCAUGACGUUUGUUGUCAGGUAUGGCCAUGUCUGGCUGUUAUAGGAGGUUUAGACUCGGGUUUAAGAAUAGGUGGCAAAUGUUUACACGAGGGAACAUCAAAACAGGGCACUAUUCUAGGUGUAACCAGUCCAGGGGCAUCAACCAUUAAAAUACAGUGGGAUAAUGGAGAUGUCUCAGUGAGUGAUUUGUCAGUAUGUAGUGUAAAGCCUCUACCAACACAACUGUUUGAUAUCGGGUCUUUGUCAGGCUUUACUGCUAAACAUCUUGAACUUCUGAUGAAAUUAACAUACCUCUCAGCCGACAACAAAUACACCAACAAAGUACAGCCAAAGUCUGAUGUACCAAAGCCAGAUGUAAAAAGAGAUAUAGAAGAAGAAGCGAAAGCUGCCCAAGCUGAAUCAGAUGCAUUAAUGAGAAAGUUGGAUGAAGAUAUCGCGAGAGUUCUUGACCUAGAGUCUCCAGAUAAUGAUCACAACGCUGAUAAACGGGAUGUCAAAUGUUCAGACACAGAGUCUGGACCAGAUCUUAAUGACAGUUUCCUCAGUGUGUCCUCUACUGCCAGCAGUGGUGUCAGCUAUCUUGGUGCGACUCCUGCAGAUCCGGUAUGUGUCAGAACAGAUAUAACAGAAGGUGUUGGUGGAAAUGAGGGUUCCUCUAUGUCUAACACAGCCUCAGAUGGCAGUUAUCACACAAUUCCUAGUGACUCAAUUGUUGACAGCUUCACAACUACCGAACAAGAAGUAAUGAACACAGUAGUAGAGAAAGCUUCAGUUGAACCGACAAGUAUUGGAGCAAAUCAAACUAUCAAAUUUGGUAUACUGGAGGGAGAAAAUAGGGCAGCAAGAGGUUCAUCACUUUUGGCACACAACGAUAAUGAAGAUAAAAAUUAUGAAGUAUUUUUAGCUAGAGCUAUGGCUGGAGAAACAGAAGGUCUAGAUGAGUUUGGUGAAAGCAGACAAACUGCUGCUGCUGUGAUUGGAUAUAAGUUUGAUGAAGAAAAUGAGCAAAAGGGGAAACUCGGUGCUGAAACUAAUGUUAAAAAUGAUGAUGAAGAAAGUGAAAAAGUUGAUGUUGAGGGUAGAAAUAAUGUUUCAGAGACUGAUACUGUAAAAACUGUAGAUGAAACAAGAGAAUCUCUAAUUGCCAGUAAGGCAAAUGACAGGGAAGAAUCUCCUAUGGAAAUAGACAGAGACAGUACUGAUGCUGGUGUAAAAGGUAAUGCCUGCAGUGAAGCCUGUAGACCAAAGGAAAAUACACAUAAAACUACAGAUAAAGUUCCAAUGACUGAAAAAGAGGCAGUCACCGCUGAGAUGACUGCUAUAAAAUUUGCAGCAGUGCAAGUUACAGCUCUGAAGGCAGUCCAGUGUGUACUAGCCAGUCAGAAAUAUGGAGAAAUGUUGCUGGUUCCUAAAUCAGACCUGGUAGCUGACAGUAGUAAAGCUUUAACUGAUGGAACCAUUAUCAGGAAAGAUGAAGAUUUCAAGAAAGUAAUCUGUGAGUUUAUGAAAAAGUUAAUACUUAUAGCUACAAGUGCUUCACCGUUUAAACGAGCGGUUGGUAUUGAUGAGCUAGACAGGGUUAGGGCAAUGUUGUUGAAGGCUGUCGUUCAGGAACAGGCUGAAAGAAAAACAAACCUACCAUCUCUUAAAGAGAGAUACACAUCAAUAUGUACAGUGUUGCCACCUUCAGAGCAGACAUCUAAUCAGAAAAUCGUUGAUCCCUUAACAUCAUCAAUGCCUGGAAGGUCUGUUGACAGGCAGCGCUGCCCGAGCCAAAACUGGGUCAGUAACCAGGACAGGGACUCACAGAGAGCUUUACAGCAAACCUCCAUACUACAGUAUGUUAGAUCAAGUAAUCUGGAUGGAAACCUCCUACGUGGAGGGAGAUUACGAAGUUCAAUACCACAUUAUGUGAACAGAACUCAACAGGAUGGUGGAACAUCGGCUAGCCCUAGUCGAACUGCCUUUAAACCAACAGCCCUUUCUACAAGAGACCUUGUCAGUGUGCCCCCAGUAGCACCUCCGUUGAGGAGAGCUCCACCUCCACAAUUUACUACCCAGGGAGUCAGCCCCAGCCCAAGACAGUACAAGCGGCGUAUUCAGAGAUCACCAUCACCACCUGUCAUGCCUCCAGUAUUCACACCAUUGAUGGAGAUGGGAUUUUCAAUAUCUCAUAUUGAAUCAGCUGUACAAAGUCAAGAUACCGAUAUUGAUGUUUGGGAUGUGACAUCACAAGUGGUCAACAGUCUUGCUACAUGGAUGAUAGAACAUCCCCAGGAGGCUGAGGUAGUCGGGCCACCAAGUGAGCCUGGUCCUUCACACAGAUCUUCAACCCCUUCUGAUGGAGCAACCGCUGCAAAAAGGUUGAACAGAGAGAGUUUAGAUGACGGUCCUGAGAUGUUAAUAGAGGAAACAGAGAGCGAUGAUCCUGGUUUUGUUAGGAGACCUCGGAGAAUGACAAGAUCUCGACAUCUUGACAUACGCAGCUUCCUCUCAACCUUUGGGGAGGAGAGAGGGCCAGAAAGACCUGAAAGAAAUAGCCAAGAGCUGUCUGGUGAGGCUCGGUCCCUGGUUGACCUGUAUGAUGAGGUACUGGACCUUCAGGAGGAGUUGUACAGUGAUAUGGCAUCAGAUGAUAUCUUCAGUUUUAAUAACAGAGAGGCCCUGGACUUAUUCUCUGCUUUGAGAAGAGAUAUUGAGGAGGACAUUUCUGUAACAUGUGAGUUGUGUGGGGAAGUCACCGUGGCAUUCAAUAGACACAUGAGGUCCAAGCAUCCUGGCUGUGGAGGAAGCUGUGAUAACCAUGGUUACAGGAGCACAGGAAGUUACUGUGGAGGUUGGUUUGGAGGUCAGUGUGGCACAGGCCACCCAUUCUACCUCAUGUGUCCAAGUUGUAGACAACAGUAUAUGAAUCAACCAAGCACACCAGUUAGAGGAUUGGACAACUGUCAAAAUGAGAUGUCUACCAAGCCAACAGAGUUUCAGGACAAUGAUGAAUCUCUACCUUUGUCAGAGGGCAGCACAUACAUGAGAGAGAUUGAGGGAUGGUUACCGUGCCUAGAUAACCCAGAGAAACUAUACCAGUACCUUGGCUUGUCAGACAAGAAACCUAUACCAGAUCCUGUGAAGUUUCAGCAAGCUGACCCACUGGGAGCUUCAUAUAUAUGUCCCGCUCAACAAGACAAAGCCUCCAAUAAUGAAGGACAGGUUUUCAGAUCAUCAACAAAAACUGAUGAAAAAACCCAGAAAAGUUUACCGGAGCAGAUCAUGAACUUUCAAACUAGUUUGGACAGACAGAUGGCUUUACAUCGUACAACAAUGGCUUCACAGAUAUCUAUAGCUAGAUCUGUUAUACUGCAGGCACUGGCUGUCCUGUCAGGGAGUGGAACAUCAUGCAGCCUCCCUGCAGCCCUGGAUAAGAUGGGAUUGUCGGAAAUUAUGAUGAUAGUAAAGCUGAUGUGUUUAUGUGCCUCUGGAAAGAUAACUCCGUCAUGUGACUACGCCAUCGGAACUGGACAGACCAGUCUUAAUCAUCUUACAACAGCUAUAGGGUCACUAGUAACAGAGAAUACCAAAUCACAAAAUCAACUUCUUCAGUUGUGUACAAAGGAGUUACUAACUGCAGCUCUAGGUGUAGGGCCAACAAACGAGACAGCAGUCAGACAGAAGAAAACAUCAGUUCAUACAGUUAUUCCCAAGACAGACAAGUCAAUACUGUCAGUUACACAGUCACUGGUGGCCCUUCUUGCACAGUGUGGCCUCAAGAACACUUCAAUGGUGGCUUCCACAGCACAGACAACUGAUAAGAAUACUCAAGCUUCACUGUCUGGACAGCACAGAGAAAGUACAGAUCAGACACCGGAAGAACGUCCACUAGGUAUAAUACAAAUGAUAGAUGCACUUUCUGCCUGUAUAUUGUCUGCAAAGAUAGAUCAUACUUACCGUCAGUGGGCCGGUAUCCAGCUUGUCAGAUGUAUAGCCUGGCACAAGCCGGGUCCUUCCACAAGCCAGUCACAGGUUGACCUCGGUCCAGAUUUGCCGCCAUGUAUUGUCCGCAAGUUGGAGGCACAUCAGAACAGACUGGCUGACUGUAGUUGGAAUGAGAAGAAAUCUCUGCUUGCAACAAGUGGCUAUGAUGGUGUAAUUCGAGUUUGGAAUAUUCCCAGUAAAACACACCAGAUUAUGCAGCAAACAUGUAUAUUUAACAGUGGAGAGGGUGUGACAGGGGAACACCUAGAUGGACAAUUACUAGAUAACCUGUGCUGGAACAGCUCGGGGAAACUACUGGCAGGAUCCAUGGAUAAUAUGGUCAACAUCUGGGCUAUAGGCGGUGGACUUGGACAUUUAGAUAUACAGCCACAUUGGGUUUCAGCUCUGGCUUGGUCCCAGUGUAAGCCAGUGUUUGGGGGUUGCCUAUGGUUGAACACUGACCGUUUGUUAGUUGGUCGGCUAGAUGGGUCUCUAGCUUUUAUAGAUAUACUGGACAGCACUACAUUCAGGAGACAGGAGUUACAGCAGUGCUAUAGACCUGAUGUUUCAGUAACAAAGAUUGCCUGGUAUGAGGAGACCAGGAGGUUUAUGGUGGGAUUCAUGGAUGGUGUUAUAGAUCAGUGUAGUACUGAGGAAUUUGAAUCCCCAAUCAGAACACAGGCUCAUGAGUCAGCUAUCACUGGAAUGAAAUGGGAUCCUACAGGUCAUAUGUUGUUGACCUGUGCUAGAGGGGACUCGCAUGUCAAAGUGUGGACACCUGGUCGUGAAGGUCUUAUUCUGUUGCAUACACUAUACCACACUGCAGCUGUCACUGUUGUAGAAUGGUGUACUUUACUUGGCAAGGGCGAAACUAAAUCACUUAUGUUAGCAAGUGGUUGUGACAAUGGGAUGGUGUAU